AUGGCCAAUCCAACAAGAUGUGCAGGUUGCAAAUUUUUGAGAAGAAAAUGCGCUCAAGAUUGUGUUCUGGCACCCUAUUUCCCCUCAUCCAAUCCAGAGAGAUUUGCUUGUGUUCAUAAGAUCUUCGGUGCCGGCAACAUUACCAAAAUGCUACAGCAACUUCCAGUCCAUGUAAGAGAAGCAGCAGCAGACUGCAUGUUUUAUGAAGCAUCAAUACGUGUUGAAGAUCCAAUAUAUGGGUGUGUCAAAAUAAUUUCUCAAUUGCAACAAGAUUUAUUUCAGGCUCAAUCUGAGAUGGCCAAGACAAAAGCUCAAAUAGCGUUCUACAAUGCACAACAGCAACUAAAUCAGCAGCAGCAAAAUAUGGUUGAUGGUGUUGAUGAUAAUUACCAACAAGACCAACACAGGGAAUCUUCAAGGCUCGGUUUAGAUGAUCACUUUUACAGCUUGGGUUGAUGUGACAAAUCAUCAAGUUUAACCCAAUUGCUUUGAUUUAAAUUCUUUAUUUGAAUAUUGACAAAAAUUCUUUCAGGUCAAGAAAUAGGUACCUUUUUCUUGUAGUUUUAUAGGAUUUUUAUUGUAAGCCUCGUAUUUUUCAUCCUCUUUUUCCCUUCUUUUUUUUUUUUUUUAAAUAAAAAAAUUUAAAUUAAUUAUUUUAUUUUUAUGCAUAACGUCAAUGUGGCAUUUGGAGUACAAUAAUUUGGAAAACAUCUCAAAUCUAAUGGUACGUACUUCUCUUCCCAAAAUAAAAAAAGGUCUCAAAUUGAAUCCCCUUUCGCAAAGUCGAGAUUGGCUUUUAGCUUAUCGUAUGCAUGAGU